UCACUCUGCCCCAGGAACAGAGUACAGACAAUAUCCUAGGCACAAGGUGGACACAGUAAGGAAAAGAGAGUGGAACUUUCCAAGUUCCUCACCAAACCAGGUGAAAUUCAGACAUGGACAUGGAGUACUUGCCAUCCUACGAGAUGUCCUGGGGUACCUUGGGUACUGUAAGGCCCUUCCUUAACUUCCAUGCUAAGAGAGAUGCUCUGAACAUUCAGACUGCUCUGAAACAGAAAGAUGCACCUACUCUGAUAAAAAUCCUGACCAACCGCAGCAAUGCUCAAAGACAAAUCAUCGCUCAGGUCUUCAAAACCAUCACAGAGAAGGAGCUGUCCUCUGGGCUGAAGAAGGCCCUGUCUGGGGAGUUGGAGAAUUUGCUGUUGGCCUUGCUGAUGACCCCACUGCAGUUUGAGGCCUAUCGUCUGAGACAAUCCAUGGAGGGCAUUGGCACAGAUGAGGAGGGUUUGCUAGAGAUUCUGUGCACCAGGUCACCCAAGGCGCUUGCCAACAUCACCUCCACCUACAAGGAGCAGUAUAAUAAGGAUCUGGAGACAGACCUGAAGGGUGAGACCAGUGGGGACUUUGCCAAACUCGUCCUGGCCUUACUCAAGAAGAAAAAGGUAGUAGGAAUGGUGCAAAGAGACACAGAGGCUCUCGCUGAAGCUAUCAAUCAGGCGAAGGCAGAUCCUGGACCAUGGAUCACCAUUCUGACUACCAGAGACGCUGAACAUCUUAAUAAAGUGUUCGUCAAUUUGGAGAGUGAGAAGCAAGAGACAGUGGAUAAAGCAAUAGAGAAAGCAUUCAGUGGAGAUGUGAGACUUGGGCUGAAAACAUUGGUGCGUUGCAUACAGAGCCCAAACCUCUACCUGGCUCAGAGACUGGAGACCAUGAAGGCAGCCAUAGUCCAGGGGGUGAUGGUGUCCCACAGUGAGGAGGAUCUGCUGUGUGUGAGAGUGGCUUAUCUCAGACAGACGGGCACCUCACUCUAUACAGCCCUACAGGUUGCCUUUCCUUCACCGGGCUGGCCAUUUGGGAAAUUUUGGGCAGAAUUAGAGUAUGCCUACUUCUCCAGGCACCACUACACCACUGUGUGUACCCACCCACCAGAUAAACAAUUCAAAGGUGAUCACCUACAAGCACUGCUGGCUAUCUGUCGAUCUGAAGACUAAAGGAAUGAGUUUUGUGUACAAUUUCACAUUAGCUCAGCCUACAUAUCACUAUUCACAUUUGUGUAUUUACAGUAGACAGAUGUAGGAUCUUAAUUUGAGCCAGUUUGCUACAACAGGAAAACAAUCCUGCAUCAACUGGAUAUGUGAAUUGUUAUGUGGAUUAUAAUUAAUACCAAAUAUUGUAGCGGUUGAAAAAUCAAGUCUGAAAUCAAGUGAAAAUUACAAACUUCAGAAGUCUUUUUAAACAUUACAUUCCCUGCAUUGCAGGAAAGUUCUCCUUCAACACGGGGAUCAAAUUAAGAUCCUACAUCUGUAUUGCUCUAUGUCUCAUUCCUGCACGGUAAUGCAAGAAAAUCAAACUUUGUCCUAUUGCUAAUGUUCAUAAUGCCUAAUGUUACAGUAAAGUCACACCUUCAAGUAUACUUUAAUUUGAAGUGUACUUCCAUACAUACUUUUAUGAAAAUAAAAAUUGGAUUGCAAUGAA